GGAGGGGAGGUGUUCUGUAAAGGGAAUCAAAGCGGGCUGUUUCCACCCGGACCAUUGAGUGUGUAACACAAGUUGUGAGUAAACGUUCCUGCUGAGCAUACACGUGAUUCUCCGUGUCUUUAUUAAUGAUCGUUAGGGUGCUAACGUAACAGUAGAUGAUCAGAGUAAAGUUGUAAAGACGUCAGCGCUGAGUUGAGUUUUCCCUCUGUGACUCUUGGAUGUGUGUAAGAUGGCCGGGUUUAAGGAUCUUAAAGAGUUAUUCAGUCGACGGCUGCUCGCUGCGGUUAUCAGAGAUAUAACAGAAGAAAGAACAACAAGUGGAUACGAAGAGGAGCUCCACCGACAAAGAAAACUGCUGGAUGUGAUUUUAACUCCUGAAAUCAAGCUACAGAGAACAGAUGUCCAGCAGCUGUUGGUGAGUAAAGAAGAACUUCCACCUGAGCAGCAGGAGUGGAGCCACAUUCUGGACCAGGAGGACACUAAGCCCCAACACAUUAAAGAAGAACAUGAGGAACUGUGGAUCAGUCAGGAGGAAGAACAGCUUCAAGGACUGGAGGAGGCUGAUACCACCAAGUUCCCCUUCACUCCUGUCUCUGUGAAGAGUGAAGAUGAUGAAGAGAAACCUCAGUCCUCACAGCUUCAUCAGAGACAAACUGAACAGAUGGAAACAGGAGUUGAUGGAGAGGACUGUGGAGGAGCAGAACCAGAGAGAGACUCAGAUCCAGAGAGACGUUUACAACCAGAGACUGAGGUCGAGACUGAAGACUCUGGUGAACCUGAGACUGAUGACAGUCAUGAUUGGAAAGAGACAAGAGAAGAUCUGUCAGAAUUAAACUUGAAAAAUAAGAAACUAAAGGCUGGUAAGAGACAACACAGCUGCUCGGAGUGUGGUAAAAGAUUUAACCAGAAAGGGAAUCUGACAAAACACAUGUUAGUUCAUACAGGAGAGAAACCCUUCAGCUGCUCUGUUUGCAGUAAAAGCUUUACCCAAAGACAACAUCUGACCACACACAUGUUAGUUCAUACAGGAGAGAAACCCUUCAGCUGCUCUGUUUGCAGUGAAAGCUUUACCCAUAGACAAAGUCUGACCAGACACAAGUUAUUUCAUACAGGAGAGAAACCCUUCAGCUGCUCUGUUUGCAGUAAAAGCUUUACCCGAAGAGGAAAUCUGACCACACACAUGUUAGUGCAUACAGAAGAGAAAUCCUUCAGUUGCUCUGUUUGCAGUAAAAGCUUUACCCAAAGAGGAACUCUGACCACACACAUGUUAGUUCAUACAGGAGAGAAAUCCUUCAGCUGCUCUGUUUGCAGUAAAAGCUUUACCCAAAGAGGAACUCUGACCACACACAUGUUAGUUCAUACAGGAGAGAAAGCCUUCAGCUGCUCUGUUUGCAGUAAAAGCUUUACCGUAAGAGGUAGUCUGACCACACACAUGUUAGUUCAUACAGGAGAGAAACCCUUCAGCUGCUCUGUUUGCAGUAAAAGCUUUACCGUAAGAGGUAGUCUGACCACACACAUGUUAGUGCAUACAGGAGAGAAACCCUUCAGCUGCUCUGUUUGCAGUAAAAGCUUUACCCGAAGACAACAUCUGACCACACACAUGAUGAUUCACACAGGAGAGAGAUGCUAAUCCUGUGCAAUGGUAAAACUGAUCCAAAGGAUUCCAACUUAACAUCACUAAUGUGUAUAUAAGACAAAAAAGAGAUAAGACAUAAAUCUGUCUCUAAUUUUUGAAAUUUAUGUUUUGUUGCUGACAUAUGAACCAGUAAGUUGGGAUCAGCUAUGACGUUUGAAUUGAAAGUGUUUAUAUGAAACAGUUACAGUGUAAGGAUUCUUCUCUCCUGAUAUCUUCUCUUCUUUCUGUCACUCUGUUUCCUUGGAUGCCUCUGUGUUGGGUAGCAGAAGUUCUUCAGACAGCUCACGUGUAACCUUGUAAUAAAUAAACUGAUGUAGAGUGAGAAAGA